GUACUUGCGGAAUGCUGAAGUGGAUGGCUUGCGAACCAGAACAUGCGAAGCUCCCAUCACCCCCUGAGGUUUCAAUUGAAACUUCUUCACAAUAUCAAUAUAAACCAAAAUUUCUACUUUUUCUCCACUUUGUCGCAAGCUCUUCUUCCACCAGAGGACCCAUAUCGUCCAAUUCGUAAUCUGAGAAAAAUCAGACGUGAACUAGCCACCUUGUUACAAUCCUCUGAUUCAUCAGUUCACGGGUCAUUAUACAAGAAAAUUCACGCCCACAUCGUGGUGCUGGGCUUUCAACAGGAUGUCUUCCUCGCCAAUAUUCUCUUGCAUAAAUACUCUAAAGGGGAUCUUCUUAGUGAUGCACAGAAUCUGUUUGAUACAAUGCCUGAGAGAAACCUGAUCACUUGGUCUUCUCUGGUUUCUAUGUACACCCAACAUAACUACAAUGAAGAAGCCUUGACGUUGUUCUGCCGAUUCAGAAGAAGCAGCGACCAGAAACCAAAUGAAUACGUUUUGGCCAGUGUCAUUCGAUCUUGCACACAAUUAGGUAGUGUCAGUCAAGCUCUUCAAAUACAUAGUUUUGUUGUUAGAGGUGGCUUCCUUCAUGAUCUUUAUGUUGGCACCUCUUUGAUUGAUUUUUACACCAAACAUGGCGAUAUUGAUGAAGCAAUGCUAGUGUUUUGUGGUCUAGCGUCAAAAAGCUCAGUCACCUGGACUACAAUCAUAGCAGGGUAUAUCAAACAUGGAAGGAGUGACAUUUCCUUAAGUUUAUUCAACCAAAUGAGGGAAACUGAUGUAUCACCGGACAGAUAUAUACUUUCUAGCGUGUUGAGUGCUUGUUCCGUGCUUGAAUUUCUCAGGGGUAAGCAAGUUCAUGCUUAUGUAUUGAGGAGGGGAAUUGACGUUGAUAUCUCAGUGGUAAAUGGACUCGUAGAUUUUUAUUUGAAAUGUCACAGAGUGAAAAACGGUAGGAAAUUGUUUGAUCAGAUGGUAGAAAGAAAUCUUGUUUCAUGGACCACAAUGAUUGCAGGUUACAUGCAGAAUUCAUUUGACUGGGAUGCCAUGAAGCUGUUCCUCGAAAUGGCAAACAUCGGUUGGAAGCCAGAUGCAUUUGCUUGCACGAGCAUACUCACUUCAUGUGGUUCACUGCAGGCUCUGGAAAUGGGAAGGCAAGUGCAUGCUUAUAUUAUCAAGUCCAAUCUACAAGAUGAUAAUUUUGUGAAAAAUGGUUUGGUUGAUAUGUAUGCAAAAUGUGAUUCUUUAACUGAGGCAAGAAAAGUCUUCGAUCUUGUGGCUGGUUAUAAUGUUGUCUCCUUUAAUGCAAUGAUAGAGGGGUAUUGUAAACAAGAGAAGCUGCAUGAAGCAUUAGAUCUUUUCCAUAAAAUGAGGCUAAGUUCAUUGCCACCAACUCUCUUGACAUUUGUAAGCCUUCUUGGGUUAUGUGCUUCCAUAUUUCAUCUAAAACUAAGCAACCAAAUCCACGGCAUCAUUAUCAAACAUGGGUUCUCUUUAGACAUUUUUGCUGGAAGUGCUCUGAUAGAUGUUUAUUCAAAAUGCUCACUUGUUAGGGAUGCCAGACUUGUUUUCGAAGAAACACAUGAGAAAGACAUUGUAGUAUGGAAUGCAAUGUUUUCUGGGUAUUCCCAAAACAUGGAAAGUGAGGAGGCUAUCAAACUUUUCAAAGAUUUACAGAUGUCAAGAAUAAGGCCCAACGAAUUCACUUUUGCUGCUGUAAUUGCAGCAACGAGUAACCUAGCAAGUCUGCAUCAUGGCCAGCAGAUUCAUGACCAAGUCAUUAAGAUGGGUCUUGACAGUGAUCCCUUUGUCACAAAUGCUCUUGUGGAUAUGUAUGCCAAGUGCGGAAACAUCCAAGAGGCUUGCCAAGCUUUUAGUACCACAAGUAUGAGAGACAUUGCCUGUUGGAAUUCAAUGAUCUCUACGUAUGCACAACAUGGAGAAGCAAAAGAAGCUCUUCAGAUGUUUGAAUUCAUGAUUAAGGAAGGAAAAGAACCGAAUUAUGUCACCUUUGUCGGCGUACUCUCAGCAUGUAGCCAUGCAGGACUACUUGACCUUGGCUUUCAUCACUUCAAGUCAAUGGCAGCUCAAUAUGGAAUUGAACCAGGAAUGGAACAUUAUGCUUGUAUGGUAUCCCUCUUGGGCCGAGCUGGGAGAGUAUACGAAGCUAAGGAGUUCAUUGAGACAAUGCCGAUAAAACCAGCAGCAGUAGUGUGGAGGAGUCUGCUCAGUGCAUGCAGAUUCACAGGUCAUGUUGAACUAGGGACAUAUGCAGCUGAUAUGGCGCUUUCAAGUGAUCCAAUGGAUAGCGGAUCAUAUAUCAUGCUUUCUAACAUAUUCGCAUCCAAAGGCAUGUGGUUAGAUGUUAGAAGGGUGAGGGAACAAAUGGAUCUAAGUGGAGUGAUGAAAGAACCAGGUUGUAGUUGGAUUGAAGUAAAUAAUGAGGUCCGCUUGUUUAUUGCCAAGGACACAUCUCAUCGUGACAGUCCACUUAUAGCUUCAGUUUUAGACAACUUAAUUCUGCAGAUCAAAGAGCUUGGUUAUGAGGCUGACAGUGUCAUAAUUCUGGUGGAUGAUUGAGACCAAUCAUAAUGGGAUAAAGUGAUGAUUCGGCGAUUAGGCUCAUUUAGCUUAACUUCAAAAGUUGAUCCUCGAAUGUAAAGUCUCAGCACAACAAUUUAUUAAAUCAACGUUGAGCUUAAAGAAAACUGCAUCAUGGGUUGGUCUAGAGUUAGACAGUGACAGAAGACAUUACAUUCCCCGCGCCCCGGGGGGGGGGGGGGUGGCUCUAACAAUUUAUGAGGCGCUUCAGAAAACAUUAAUAUUUUUCUGGGUUUUUUUUUUCUUUUUGGGGGAUCUACGAGCCAUCUUGGAUACAAGUGUCUUGGGGUGGGUUCCAGAUAUUUCAGUGUUCUUUCCUUAUCCUCCCCCGUAAUUUAUUCAACUUUUUUAAUUGCUAAAAUAUCGCUGCCUUCAUUUUACACACAUACAUGUAUAGAUUUGUGCACAUUGAUAUAGAUGACAAUUUUCUGA